GCGCCCUAAAACCUCUCAUUCCAAACCAAUUUGAUCUCUAGAUAGUGUUUAAUAUUUUGAAAACUGAAGUUGAAAAUGUCUCUCUUUGGGAUAUUACCGUCGCUGUUAUUUGUGUGUUUUCUCCUCAUCAAAUGUGAUGGGUAUUCUGAGAUCUCGACUGGUCCUUUCUCCCCAAGGGUUAGUACAGAGGGGAGUUGCAACCUCAACAUUGUCUUCAACCUUCUGAUUGACUGUGUUCCGUUCUUCUCGGGGACAUCUUCCAUUCCAGCAGUGGCAUGUUGCUCUGGAGUUGAAUUGGCACUAAAACCAGAAGGUGAUUGCUUAUGUGAUGGCCUCACUCAUCUCUUCACUCAUUCUGGGUUGCUGUUUAAUGUCUCCCGGGGACUUGAUCUCCUCAACGCAUGUUCCUGUCCUGCAGUAUCUUACUCAAUCAUCUCCAACUGUGUGAGCCCCCCACCUCCUGCUCCUGUUCAUCGUACCCCUGUGGUUCCCACUCCUAGUACUCCUGCUCCUACUCUCGUGAGCCCCCCACCUCGUGCUCCUAUCCAUCCUUCCCCUGUGGGUCCAACUCCGACUCCCAGUCCAAUAGCUCCUACUCCUACUCCUACUCCUACUCCUACUCGUGGUGAUGCUAACUUGGUCAGUCCAACUUUUGUAACGGUUGACGAUGGAGCAGUUUGCUUGGGGGGGAAUAAGGCAGCAUACUAUUACGUCCCAGGAUUCGGCAAAGGCGCUGAAAAUUGGGUUGUGUAUCUUCCUGGGGGCGGAUGGUGUGGCAAUGUUACUGACUGCGAAAUGUAUAAUACCCUUAAAGGUGUGGGCUUGCCGGCACGUGCAACUCCCUUUGAUGCUAUUUUAAGCUCUAACGAGGAGAGCAAUCCUGAUUUCUUUGAUUGGAACAGAGUAUCUCUUCGAUAUUGUGAUGCAUCUUCGUUCACCGGAAAUUCUGAGAUAACAACUGCACAUGGCACUAAGCUUUACUUUAGAUAUAAUAUAUAAAUAUUGUGGAUGCUGUCCUUGCUGAGCUCGCUUCACAAACUGCUCCAGUUGACCCUCCCGUACGAGCCUUUCUACGUACUUCUUUAAGAUGUAACAAUCAGCGGUCUGAUGAGAGUCGCUCUUGUGGAUUUUGCAGUAUUUGUUCUUGGGGUUCUGAUUGUGGAUGAUAUUGCACCCCUCAGGGGUGGCGAUCAACCCCUGCUUUGCAGCAUAAUCCAGGACAGUACUCACCUGAUGCGGGGAAGGAGAGAAAUCUGGGUGGCUGCCUAGUGGCCCCUCAGGAACACCUUAUUUGUCCUUUCCUCAGCCCUUCUUCUUCUUCCUGGUCUCAUUCCCCUUGUCAGGAUCAAGGGUUUCCUUUUCAACGGAUUUCUUCCUUUCGCCCUCAGACUGGCGAUUCCCGGCUUCUUCUUCCUUCUUUUUCUUCUCAGCUUCUUCCACUCUGGCUUUCGCGUUUGCUCGCUGCAGGGCUUCCUCGUGCAAAGUUGGAGGAUUUUGAACAAAAUCCUUAUACAACUCACCCGAUCUCAAUGCAUUGGUGAGUAUAGCGACAACAGACUUGUCAUCCAGGUCGUCUGUCUUCACGGAUUCGUCCCUCCACCGGAUCAAGAAAUCAGCUAAGCCUUCCUGGGGUCCCUGCUUGAUCUCCAAAAGGUGAGAAAAAUUCUUCUUGGAAUCCCUAGAGCUGGCGAACCGGGUCACAAAAGAAUGGGCCAACUCCAUGAAAUUUCGGAUCCUUCCAUUGGGCAGGGAAUCGUACCACUCUCGGGCUGGCCCGUCAAGUGUUACCGAAAACCCCCUGCACUUGAUGGCAUCCUCAUACCCCAUCAUCACCAUAUACGCCACAUAUCUGGAAACAUGGUGUUGUGGGCCUGUCUUUCCCCGGUAGGCCUCUAUAUGGCAAGGCUUGUAUCCCUGGGGUAGCGGGGCGUCCAUGAUCUAACAAAUGAAUGGUUCGGGAAUCCUUACUUCAUGGUUGGGGUUGAACCUGACAUCCACCUCCCUCCGGAGCUCAUCCAGUCUUCUCCCGAGAUCAUUGUUGAACUGGCCUGCUCGUUGCCGAGGUGGGGAUCGUCGAUUCCCGUGGCCCUACCAGUUGGCGUUGAUCUCGUUUCUGAGAUCUCCCCCACGCACGCUACGGCAGUGGGACGAAACAGCCGCGGUGGAUGCCUCCACACUCGGCUCAGGUUGGGAUGAGAUUUUGUCAUGCACGGAGACCCUUUGUUCUCUGAUUCGGUCCAUCACUGAAGUCCUUGGGGUUGGCCUGGAACGAUGGGAACGUUGAGAUCGGGAUGGCGGCGAGCCCCUCCUAGAGUGCUCAUGCAUCUCCUCCUCCUGCCGGGGCAUGGACGGAGCCCGGCGAGGGGAAGGGGACCUCACACCCUCAUCAGGGAUGAUGCCCUGAAAGACAGUGGUCAGAGUCUCCACUGCCCUUUGGAAUGUCGCCAAACUCGCUAAGGCUCGGGCUCGAUCAACAUUAGGGAUACGAUUCCCUAUGCCUGGCGUCCGAAACUGCGACGGUCGUGUUGCUGCCCGCCUGGAACUUCCAACCCCUUGGAGAUGAUUCCUCAAAUCAUCUUGUCCCGUUGUGUUGUCGUUGCGCCUUCGGAAGUCACUCCGGCGCGACCGAGAACCUUCGUCCUUGAUCAACACCUGUUUGAAACGAUUAGCGCCCAAAUUGCUGCCCACACGGUUGUGGCUAUGGGAUCCAACCAUGGUUCGCCGUAGAUCGAGCUCUCAACGAGAGCACGAAAUGAUGGAGUUUAAUCCAACUACGAGAGCUAAAUCUACAGAAGCAAAUGGAAAUUUGACAGCGUAAGGCAAUGUUCUAUUGAUCAAUGUUUCGAUCCCCUUUAGGAGGUUUACAAGUCGUACUUAUAGGCUAAGGAACUAGUGUUACAAAAGGAAACUCAUACAAUAAAUGCUAUUAAUUGUGCAUUAGUUCGAAUAGGACUCUUGUAACGUCUUGGCCGUUGUGCAAUGAUUGUUCCUUUAUUCCUACGUUCCUGCCGUUAACUCCUGCUAGCUGCCAUUCUAAUGAUAGUGUGCCACGUCAGCCCUAGGAAUAUCCCAACCUCACUAGAACUCCACUCAGGCUCGAGGCUUGCUUUCCAGUCUGGCCUGACUGUGGAGUCCUCUCGUGAGCUUGAUCCCUAGUUAGGCCCAGUGGUUAUCUAACAUUAAUCCCGUUUAAGGGCUAAUCCUGCUAAUGGUCUACAUCCCGUUAUGGGCUGGAUUGUAUAAUUGGGUCAUGGUCGGUGUCCAUGAUACCAUCAGAGGAUUUGUACAUAUAUUUGUAGGUUAGUAGGUAAUGGCCAUAAAGGGGAAAGGUAGCUGGUAAUCGAAGGGCAUUUGUUAGCGUAACUUUUUUGGAAUAGUUUGGUGCGCCCUCAGAAAAUGGUGACCUACUUGAAAUUAUUGAAGCUUUGUAUGAGUAAAUUUGUUAGCAUUAGAUGAUGUCUUUUGUUAUGCUUCAUUAAUAGUUACGUAUCAAUGUCAUUUAGUUAUACAUAUACUCCCUACAAACAACAAACUAUGCACAUUAAAAAUGAAAUGUAAAUUUAUUUGAAAGAUUAAAUCGAUUUGUACAAUUAAAAAAAUAUUUAAGCAACAAUAGAGAAAAUGUUUAGUUUUUGAGUUCGUCGGUAGGUCUUCAGUCAAUCGUGGAAACACACAAACGUCUCAAGAGAUUGCAUGCAUGCUCAACCUCGUUCUAUACGCAAUCAAUAAAGUUUAAGUGAGACAUAUUGAGGUGGAUAACUGAAACUUAUGUGGCAUAAUAUUUUUAAUAAAUGGCUCACACACUAGCUUUAAUAAAAAUUACCGCUCAAGAAAGUCAUUUGCACUAUAUCUCAGAGUUGGAGAUUUUGAUUGCACUUUUUUAAUUUAAGGGAUGAUUUGCAUUUUAUCACCUGACUUUAAGGGUUGGUUGGAUGUUUUUUAACGAAAAUUGUCCUAAAUAGGACUAAUGAGUCUCUAAAAAGCACAAAUAGGACUACUACUUUUUAAAUUCCCUAAAUAGGAUUAAACAUUGAUUUUCUACCCUAAAUACCCCAAAGGGUAUUAAUUCAUUAUGAAAUGUUUUAAUGCAUAAUAAAAUCAUAAAAAAUCAUAUAAAAAUAUUAAAAAAUCGUAUAAAAACAAUAAAAAAUAGUAAAAUAUUAAUAAAUUAAAAAAUUGAAAAAAUUGUUUUUUUGAUUUUUUUUAAAAUAAAAAAUAGUAACAAACCAUAAAAAAGGGAUACCUCUCCUACCGUGUCCGAGCACCACCACCUCCGAUCGGUGAAAAAUUCUGCCACUUUUGUAAAAAAAUGCCAUUUUGUUCUAAAAAUGCCAAAAUUGGCAUUUUUACUCUUCAUUAUGCCAAAAUUUUCAUUGAGUCUGCCAUCAUCAUGGCAUUAUGAAGAAUAGUGGCAGAUUUCCUUCGAUAAUGGGAGCUGGUGAUGCUGGGGGGUGGCGGAGGCAGCAAUGUUUUUUAUUUUAUUUUCCGUUAUUUAUUUAUUUUUUUAAUUUUUUUAAAAAAUUAAUAUUCAUUUUAUGAAUUUUUUAUUAAUUUUUAUUAUUUUUUAUGAUUUUUAUUAUUAUUUUAUGAUUUUUUUUAUGAAAUUAAUAUUAAUUAAAUCAUUUCAAAAGCUACAAUGGUGUAUUUGUCCAAACACACAUUAAUAAUCCUAUUGGGAGAAUUUAAACAAUUUAGUAUUGUUUGUUAAAUUUUGCAACUUUUUAAUCCUAUUUAAGGAAUUGACUUUUUUUCAAUGUAGAUGAUCAUUUACAUUAUAUUGAUGUUUGUUUGAGAACUAAUUUAGCAUUUCCCUCUUAUAUUGCGAUAUACAUAACCGUCAUGGCGUUAGAGCUCCUAGCCUCUUACACAUAUACUACCUUCGUCCCAAUGGACUUUGCAUUCUUGGAAUUAGGUGAGAAAUAAGAAUAGUAAAAAUUGUGUGGUUGAAGUUUGAGCAGAUGAGAGAGAAAUGAGCAGAACUACAAAAUAAUUACUUUAUUGGGAAAGUGACAAAGUUUUUUGGGACAACCAAUAUGGAAAAAUUGGCAAAGUCCAAUGGGACGGAGGGAGUAUCAAAAGCUAGCAACCGUACUACCAUAGCCUCAAUUCUUUAAGAAAUGAACUCUUUGCUAGAGCUUUCUAUAAUUUAAGGUGUGACAUUAAAAAAAAAAUAUAGAACAGAUCAGGCUUCAACAACUAUAAAAUACACACUGUAUCGAUAUUUACAAGACCAUAUCGGAUUUAAAUAAAUCAGAACAAAUCACGUUCCACCAGAAAAUUUAUAUCCAAUAAUUAACAACAUCCUUAAAUAGGAAAAUGCUUAGUGUACAUGAGUUGUACACAAACUGUACACAAAACCCCCCUAGUUGCCUGUGUACACAGGAAAUUCAUUUAGAAUAGAACAGAAUUUGAUACCCAAUUGCCUGUGUACACGGGCAAUGUACACAUUUGUGUACAUCUUGUGUAGACCAAGCAUGGCCCCCUUAAAUAUCAUUCUAUCUGUCAAGAUGAAAAAGGUGGCACCAUUUUUUACUGAAACACUAAUACGGACCACAGAGUAAUAUUAAUCCUUAUAGAGUAUAUCUAGAGAGAAGUGAGAGCUAGAGAGAGAAGUGCAAUAAUAUGCUUCAAUAGAAUGAAUUUUUAACCCCUAUAACUACUCCCAAAGGGAGUAUUUAUAGAGAAAAUACGGGUUGGGCUCCCAAGCCUUGGGCUUGGGAGGCCCAUCUACAACUGGACCGCUACUGGGCCGAAUACAAAGCCACUAAUGGGCUGUACAAAUAAGUAAGUGUAGAAUCCGGUUCUGUGGAGUCUUCGUGGCCGACGAGGGCAUGGCCGACGAGGGCACGGCCAAUGAGGGCGCGGCCGACGAGGGCACCCAGGUUCCUUGGCUUCAGGACCAUGAUCUGAGUUGGCACCUUUUCGGCCGAUGGGGGUCCCUUGGCCGACGAGGGCGCCACUCUGUGUCUUGUGCUUUCUGUUCUUCCGAGUAUGUGGGUCCGGGGGCCCAGACCCAUAUACUCCAUCAGGAGUCCCCCACUCUCUAAGCUGAGACGUAGGCGAAGUGAAGGAGAGUAGAUUCCCGUGUUUUAGUGCUUUUGGCCGAUGCGGGCAUUCUCAGGCCGUCAGCUGUUGCGACGUUGGUGUUGUUUCCAUUUUGGUGAUCCUGUUCUGUGCCUUGGCCGUUACCUGCUCCUCGCUGUGGGCGGGGAGGCCGUUGUUUCCUUGAUGUGUUCAUUUGGGGAUAAUAAGUGUCCUGCUUCAAUGGUGGCCGUUGAAGGCACGCUUUCCCUUUCCUGGACGUUGAUGGUUGAAGUUUAUGUUUGGGCCGAUGAAGCCACUGAGGUUGAACUUUGCUUUGAGGACGAUGGCGUCCUUUCCUUUGGGUGGCCGAUGAGGGUGUUUGCGCACUCCUUUUGGCCGUCGUUGGUUGGCCUUCGCAUUCUUGGCCGAAGAGCCCAUCAGUGAUUAGCUGUUGGCGGAGGACGAUGAGUGUCCUUGCCUUCAGUGGCUUGUUGGCCGUUGUUGAUGAUGUUAUGUGCAUCUGAACGAUGAGGAGCCGUUGUGAUGCGUGGACGAUGUGGCCAUCCUUUGUGGUUACGUUCAUAUUCUUUGUAUUGUUCCUUUCUGUUUUGUUGAGGCCGAUGUAGUCCCCCAGUCCCCCACUGCUUCAGGCCGAAGAGUGUGAGGGGUGAAGGAGUUGCUUGAGUCCCUGGCCGAAGCGGCCUCUCCGUAGUCCCCCUGAAUCCAACCCUCAUGGCGAUUUUCUGGCCAAGGUAACCCUGUGGGAGAACCCUUGUGCGCAGAUCGCUUGUAGAGAGUUAUCAUCAAGGGUCAUUACGAGGAGCCGAUGGCUUGUGAGUUCUUGGUUCCUUUGGUCCUGUGGCCGUUACGGGCGUUCAUUACGUUCAUGGCCGUUGUCGUCUCCUUAUUGUUGGCGUUUGUGAACCUGGCAAGCAAAUAGGACGUUGUGGGCGCUUGCUGGCACUCGUGAAGCCGGCAAGUGUAUAGGCCGUAGAGUCUGUUUUGCCAGUGGGCUGUUGACAUGUAGUUUGGCCCGUUGGUGACGUGGUGGCCUCCCAUUGGUGGCCGCUGAUGUGGCCAUUGGGGGGUGCCACGUGUAGUGACCGUUGGGUGGGGGGUUCUAUAAAUACCCCUCCCCCUCCGACGAGAAAACGUAUUUGCAUUCUGAAUUGUCGAAGUGCUGGCCAAUUUUCUAGAGAGAUAAACUCCCAAGCUUGUUCUUCGUGUUCUUCGUGUUCAAGGUUAGUGUUCAUCGCAAUCUUCCUCACUUUUCAUACUUUUCUUCCUAGGCUAGUGAUCUAAUGUUAGGCGUUUGAACACCAUUAGAUCCUGAGUUAAUCUCCUUAGGCUCGUAGUAGUAGUUAUGAUGAAGAGCUUGAACGAAGACUACUAUCCCUACGACGACCAGCCCUCCACGAGGUCACUUGACUAUGAGGUGCACGAGGAGUUCGAGGAGGAGAUACAACACUUGAGUCCUUACAAAUCCGAAGAGCCGGUGGACGACGAAGUCGAGGACGAGGAGUCCGCCUCAUCUUCAAAAGGUGAGGACGCAGGUGCGUCCCGAGUGGUGGACGGGGCGUCCACUUCCGCUGUCAUUCCCUGCUCGAGGCCGGUGUCUGCCGUGAAGGGGGCCGAUAAGCCGAAGAGGGUGAGGAGGCCGAAGAGUGGGCCUGGCGUCUCCUAUUUGGACCUCACCAACAUCUUCCUGAUCAAGCCGGAGAGCAGCGCGACCGACUACCUUGUUGCCCAGAUGUACGUGGGGCCGUACGGGCGGGUUAGGGCACCCAGGCCGACGGACCAUGUUCUUCUUCCGCCACCGGGAUACUUUGGAGUAUACCCGAUGAGUUUUGCCAAGGGGCUGAGGUUCCCCCUUCACCCCUUCAUCACUGAAUACCUGGACAUGGUAGGGCUCCCUCCGGCCUUGCUGACGCCGAACAGCUAUUCUUUGAUGGUGGGGUUUUUGCUCCGUUGUGAGGAGCUGGGCUACAGGCCGACGACGGCCCUGUUCAUGAAUCUGUACCAAAUCGGCCGAGGAAGCCACAAGAACUGUGCGGCCUAUGCUACUCUUCAACAGCUGCCGAAGAAGAGAAGCUUCACGGACUUGCCUUCGUCCAUUCAUGGGUGGAAGAGCAAGUUCGUUUUUGUAUCCCUUGGUGAGAGUGGCACCGAGUUUCCCUCCCUCGGCCAUACCGGGAGGUUUAAUCUGCAUGACCCGCCGAAGAGCUCUAUUUUGGACGCUCAGGUGGAGGCUUUCUUGGAAGGGGGGCCGAGGAGCGUGAAGGAUUACAUCACUGAAUACAAGAUGACCGCCCUCGGCUUCUUGAGAUACCAUGUGUAUGGCGAUAAGGAGGAUGACCUCCAACUCUGGCCGAGGAUGACCACCACCUUUGAAGAGGCCGACGGCCCAGAUUUGGGCAUUCCUGCUGAGGCCGAUGAUUUUGUCAUGGACCGUCGCUCCAUCAUGGCUAUAGCAAAGGCCAAGGCGGCCGAGACGGCCAGACGUGCCGCGGCCGAGGGAGGCGGGGCUACUGCUGGUGCGGCCCCAAAGCCCGCCCAAUCGAAGAAGAAGAGACCGGCCACUGACGGCCAGAAAAAAUUGACUGAAGCCGGCCUGAACGUCGCCAAGAAGACGAAGAGGGCACCGUUUCCUUCCCCGACUACCGAGGCCGGUACUCUGACUGUCCUGAGUGUGGACGAUAGUGGUCCCCUCGUGGACCUUACUGCUGCUCCGAGUGAUGCCGCCCAAUCGCUCCCUAUCGUCCAAGAGCCACGGACGAGGAGGGCUGGCAAGGAGGUCGCCGCUGCCACCUACCAGAAGGUGGUGGAAUACCCCGUCGGCGGGGGUGUGUUUGACGAUGCCGUCCUCGGCCACGAUGUGCUGGCACAGGCCAUGCCGGCCAAAGACUGGGCUUACCUCAAGAAGCUCGGGGACGUGAAGGUGUACGAGGGUGGCAUGGACCUCCUCGUCCAAAGUGCCUUUAUGCUCAUGGAGAGUCAUAAGAGGCAGUACCGGGAGAUAGCUCGUUUGAAAGAGCUGGAGCAGAAGGCUGCCUCGGCCGACGAGGCGGUAGCUUGCUUGGAUCGGCUCCGGGAGGAUGCCAAGGCUUUGCAGCAAAGGGCCGAUGAAGCCGCUGCAGCCAGGGACGAUGCCCUGGCCAAGCUCGAAGAGACCCAAAGGGCGCUGGAGGCCGAGCGGCGCAAGAACGAGGAAGCCGUAAAGGCGAGAGCUGAGGCCGAGGCUGCCGCUGUGCAGGCUGCUCAUAAGGCCAUAGAGCAGUUCCUGGCCGAAGGGUGGAAGGCCGAUGAGAGGCUCCCCUGGUGCUAUGAAGUGGUGGCCGCCAGGCUUGAAAAUUGGGGGAUGAACUCCCCCGCCGGCCAGGAGUAUUUCAGUAGGGAGAUGGCCGUCUAUUAUAACAUGGGCCAGGAGCGGAUGCAGAGGCUCCUGUGUCGGCGGCUGUCUCGUGCUCUGAAGGCCAUGAAUUACACGUCCGGGUGGGCCAGACGGAACUUGAAGCUGCCAAAGCUGAUGAAGGAUCCAGGAGAGCAGGCCAAGCUUGCUCUGUCGGAGCGGGAGUCCCCCAUUGAGAGCUCCGGCCUCGGCGAGCCGGAUUACACAGAGUUCGAUUUCCUGGACGAUGCCACCAGUGCUGCAGCCGCCGCCGGCCAAGAGACUGAGGCCGAGGAGGGAGCCGACGAGGUCGAAGAGCCAGCCGCGGAUGGAGGUGCCCAAGAGGCUUGAUCGGCUACUCCCUGCUCCUUUGUAAUUAGCUUUUCAUUUUUUUGCCAAACUGAUGUAAUGGCCGAAGCGCCCCCAAUUGUAAUGAACUGACUAUGAAUGAAAAAUUUUUGCCGUCCUGCUCGGCUUUGAAUUCCUUGUAUGCUUGUUUGCCUUUUGUCAUUUCAAUUCUGAAAUUUGUCUAAGUGUCAAGGUCACAACUUGGGUCACCCGCGAGUGUCCGCUACGUCCAUGGGGUAGUCCACCCUGUCCGGUGGCCUGGUCGGCUUGUUCGUCGUUGCUUUACUAUCAUAACCCUUAGGAUCUUUUUUUCGAAAAUUUCCUAAGUGCUUUGAAUCCACUUAGGUGCUUUCUUCCCGGCCUGGUGGCCUUGUCGGCCUGACCGGUGUUGAUGUAGUAUCAUAACACUUAGGAUUUUUUCAAAAAUUUCCUAAGUGUUUUGGAUUCUUGUAGUUGCUUCCCUUCCGGCCUGGCGUUGUCCCAUUCUUCUUUUUGUUAGAAUGUUUCUAAGUGUAUAACUUCAAGUGGAUGAGUGUUCUCAUCGUCCUGGCAUUGGAUUUCUCAUUGUUGACAAAUGCUUUGGGAGAUUGCCCAAGUGUUUGAACCAGUGUCGUUGUCGGCCUGCAUCCUUGUGUUGUGGCCGAUAAGGGCACCUUCACUUUGGGCUUGUGAACUUAGAAUUUUUUCUAAGUACACAUGCAAAGGCGUGGGUAGCUAACGGCCUUGAAGUAUACAGGUACCCGCUUCGUCUAGAGUUCCUCCAUUUGAAUACUUAAGAGAAUUUUCUAAGUAUGAAUGUAAGGGAUUUACUUCUUUGCGGUACCACUGCCGGCUAAGGAAUGGCCCUACCUUCAUCGGCCAAGGUCUGGCUUGUGGCCGAUGAGGGUGCCGGAUAAGGAAUGGCUUUUCCAAGGAGAUGGCUCUACCUUCGUCGGAUAACCAUGGUUCCUUGUUGAGGAACCCUCUUUUUUCCUCAGAAUUUUCUCUAAGUGUUUGGUAAACACUUGAACCAAUUCCCAAAGAACUUUCGCUUGACUAACAGCCUUGGUUCCAGUGCCUGUAUCGGCUAUCCGGGGUGCUGUGGCAAGUAAGGAUUGUUUCCUGAUUGCUUGAUUCUUCCGCGGGUGUGUUAAGUGCCCGCUUCGUCCUGGUCAUCCUCAGGAUUGUGAUUCUUUGUUUCAUACCAAGCGUUGGUGCUUCAAAGGACUGUGGCCGAUGAAGGUCACCUCUCGCGUGUCACCCAACCGAUGCGGUUAGGGUUUCCUAGGCGUGUGUUUCGGCCUUGAUUAUUCCCUUGUAGUGCGUGGACGUGUAGUCCAUGUUACUUGUCAGUGGUACUACACUUGUGUUCAACUGAUAUGUACUUGGCCUAGUUGGGCCUGAGUUGUGGGGAUUUUCUUUUUUCAUUGCUCGAGGCCGGCUAGUGUGCGCGGCCAUCGACUUCCCUCUUUUUCCCUUAUAUAUAUAUUUUAUUUUAUUUUUCGUCUCGGGGAGUAUCCUUCUUUCAGGCUUCGGCCGAAGGGUGUGCUCGUCACCUAUCCUAUUGAAGGCAGAGGCUUUUCCACGCGCUGGGGUCUGCCCAGGACGAAGAGGGGAAGCAGGGUGGGAGUGAGACGACGCCGUGUCCUGGGGCACCACCCCCUCAUCGUUGCCUAUCUGGACAGCCAACGGUUGGGGCUGAGGAGGUUGAGUGACGUUCCCCCCGGUCCUUGACAAGAGUGCGCUGAGGAUGGUGGGGUUCUGAGCUAGGCUGGCGAUGAUGGCCGACAACGCGGCCUGGACCUGUGGAUCCACGGACGGAGAGGCCGCGGCCAUAGGCUGGGCCGGGGCGUGCUCCGUCUUCUCAGCUCGUUUCUUGUCCAAGCUGAGGCGGACAUCAGGGGCUCCGCCGUUGAGUUGGUUGCGGAGGUCCGUCGUGAGGUUGAAGGCCUCCUGGAAGAGGUCCCCUCCGCCGGCCUGGUCGGCCGUGGCGUCCUCAUCGUGCUCCCUGGGCUCUUGGUCCUCAGGGAUGGCUUUGCUGACGAGGUUGCGGUUUGACUUAGUUCUCCCCAUGAUCAGUGGUUAGCUGUGCUCGGUAGCGACGAAGGGUGCUAACUUGAUUGUUCUAGCUCUCAAUGAAAGCACCAAAUGAUAGAGUAUAUCUAGAGAGAAGUGAGAGCUAGAGAGAGAAGAGCAAUAAUAUGCUUCAAUAGAAUGAAUUUUUAACCCCUAUAACUACUCCCAAGGGGAGUAUUUAUAGAGAAAAUACGGGCUGGGCUCCCAAGCCUUGGGCUUGGGAGGCCCAUCUACAACUGGACCGCUACUGGGCCGAAUACAAAGCCACUAAUGGGCUGUACAAAUAAGUAAGUGUAGAAUCCGGUUCUGUGGAGUCUUCGUGGCCGACGAGGGAACAGCCGACGAGGGCGCGGCCGACGAGGGCACCCGGGUUCCUUGGCUUCAGGACCAUGAUCUGAGUUGGCACCUUUUCGGCCGACGGGGGUCCCUUGGCCGACGAGGGCGCCACUCUGUGUCUUGUGCUUUCUGUUCUUCCGAGUAUGUGGGUCCGGGGGCCUAGACCCAUAUACUCCAUCAAAUCCAUAUUCGGAGUAAAUUAGCAUCAUAUCCUAGGCCUGUCAGUGAAUCAGACUUUCAUUCUUGAACUCGCUAAAUAAAGGAUGACACCCUAUCCUUGAGGGCCUCCAACCCCGACCGGACGGUACGUUGGGAGGAUGUAAGUUGGACUAUAAUCUCAAUCUGACAGAAAGAGAGUGAGAUCCUGUCCCCGGUACUUGCAGAGGUCCUAGCAUUUAGCAUAGUCUCCUCUCAUCGCAAUUCACGGGAUUCGAAUUCGGGACCUAACCCUUGUGGCACUCCCUCGCUACUAGUUGGGCUACGCCCACCGGUUUCUUGAACUCGCUAAUAAUUUAUUUAUGGUUCCAUACCCGAUUGGUACCGUAGCGGAUAAGAAAUUAUUGUUCCAGACCCGAACCCAACGGGUCCCGGUACCGGGCCUGGUAAACUGUUCAAUAUAAAGUUAACAAUAUAAUACUGUAAAUUUUCUAAAAAUAUAGACAUAUAUUAUCCUCCAUUCUAUAAUUGGUGCAACAAUUUGACUUUCAUGUUUGUCAACGCACAACUUUGACUGUGAUUAAUUAUAUUUAAAUACAUAUUAGUAAACAAUAUAAAAAAUUAAUAUUUUGGAAAUACAAAAUAAUAGAAAUUUAAUAACAUUUUAUACCCAAAAAUUUGACUAUAUAUAUCAGUAGAAAAUUAUGGUCAAAAUAAGAUGCGUGAAUAAUGCAAAAAUUCCAAUUUUGCAACUAUUAAAGAAUGGGGAAAUUAUUUGAUUUGAUUGAUUUCAGGGAAGGUAAAGGUAUAACCGAUUGAAAAAUAAAAAUAAAAUUAAGAGUUUGAGACAUAAUAGUGACAUAAUUUUGAUAAAAUAAAUUCAAGUGAGUUAAUAAAUUUAGUUGCAUUUUUCGUUAAAAUUAAAUAAAAUAAAAAGAUACACCAACAUUUUCUUUUUGAAUAACAGAAGAUGUGUCACGGGCCUAUGAGCACCCCAUGCAUGACUCACUUUAUUUUUUUAGAUCAUCAUAUAUUCAUAUCGAAUGGUAUCCUACUAUAUACUCCUCCCUCCGUUCCUAAAUAAACUUUCAAUUUUCCUUUUUCGUCCGUUCCAAUUAAAUUUCCACUUUCCUUUUUUGGUAAAUAAUUUGUGUUUCACAACAUUUCUUACACAUUUCUUUUUCCUCUGCAUAACUCUCCAUCAUACAAUACCCACUUUUCUUAAAUUGUGUACCAAAGUGGGUUGGAAGAUAAAAUAGGAACCAGCAAAUUUAAAAGUGGAAUUUCAGCCACUUUUCCCGCCCAAACGACCAGCAACAAAAUGGAUCAGGUCGGGUCUCAACAUUAAUGGCCUGAGUGCACAAGUUUAAUCCCCUGCACUUCGGAUGGGACAAAAUAUGCUUUAUUUUAAUUUUAAAAUAGGUUGGGUAUUAUUAUUGCCUGCACUCUGAUCCGUCCCUAUAAUAUAUAGCUGAUGACAUGUAGUACAAAUCUCACAAAGCAAAUACUUGGUCAACAUUAGUUUGAGCUGUCCAAUCAAAUGUCAUUUCAAAGGACAUUACACCUAAUUAACCAUUGGCCGCUACAUCAUACAUAAUCAAUGCUUCUAAAAAUUGAUGUAUAAAUACAUCAAAAAUGAUAUAGGUACCCCAAACUUACCCCAAUUCCUACCCCAUAUAAAAGCCCUCAAGUAAUUUACCCCCAACCUCCCUCACGUGCGUCCCUCACCUUUCCCACUCACACAUCUCCCGCUCCCACCUUUCCCCUUCCCCACAACUUUCGAAAAACAACCCGCAGUUGUGAACCCCCACCGCCUUGCAGACCUCCGUUGGUAAAUGUCUGAGUCUUCGCGUCGCACACGAGCCCAAAUUCAAGAGCUUCUCCGAAUUUCAACCCGCCCUGACCCAUCCGUGAAUUCAAGCAGUGUUUCGUGAGCACCCCUCGUUGCAGACCUCCGUCCCUGUUUGUCCAAGUUCGUCCGAGCACUGUUCAGGUUCGUCCAAGUUCGUCCGAGCAAAUUGCAGACCUCCGUCCCUGUUCGCCCAUAACCCAUUCUGAAGAUUUUUGACUCCAUGGUCCGCACAAGCUUAUCACAAAUGGCUGAAAGGGCUUUUGAACUUCAAGUUCCCGUGUCGAAGCAGUUUCCUGCUCAGUAUUCUGUGUGCUCAUUUUUCAAAGAGGCCGGAAGCUUGGUGCAGUCUGCCUUGACCAAGAAGCAACUUGAGGAGUUUAAGAAGCUGCCAUGGGGCCACCUCAUAUAUGUGCCAGAAAUGCAAUUUUCGGGACAAAUUAUCCAUUCUCUUCUGCUCAGGCUUGUACGGGACCAACCCGAUGACGAGUUAUGGUUUUGUAUUCAAGGGAAGCUGUUGAAGUUUACCUACGCAGAUUUCUGCCGCAUCUCUGGGAUUAAAGCAUCGAGGGAAAAGCCUGUAUUCAGUACUGAUGAAGAGGUUCGGGGGAAGGUGUUUGAGAAGUACUUUGCUGGAUCAACGGACAUAACCUUCAAGACGCUGAAGGAAAAGCUGAAGGCAUUCAAGCCUAUAAGAGGAGAUUCCACUGACCCUCUGAAGCUAGUGUCCUUGUGUUACCUUGUGAGUGUUCUGCUUGCAAGAGAUAACAAAACAAAAAUAAAUUUAGACUAUGUCAAAUGGGCGGACGAGUUUGAGAAGUUUACGAUGUAUAACUGGGGUUUAGAGUCCUACAACAUAAUGGUUGAAAACCUGAAAACUGUCAUGAAAGGUCAGCCCGGGAGGUUCAAGAAAAGCAAUGCCAAAAAUGCCAAGUUCACUCUAUACGGAUGUCCUCAUAUUCUACAGGUUUGGGCGUAUGAGACCGUUCCUAACCUUGGAGAGAAAUUUGCUGAAAGAGUUGGUAAUGAAGACAUCCCUAUGUUGAACUGGAAGGCUGAUGGAUUCUUUCAUGCACGGAAGCUGAAUGAAUUGGUUUUCAAGGACAAUGAUGAUGAGGAAGAAGCAGAGGAAGAUGUUGAUGAGGAUGAUGAAGAAGAAACAGAGAACGAGGAUGAAGAAGUAGGGAGGAAGGGGUUCAAGGCCAAAGUCAUGGAGGAGAUUAAAGAUCUGCGGAAGAAUGUGGCAGAUUUGGAAACGAGGUUGAAGUUGAUGGAAGAGAGGGUGAGUGCACCGUGUGAUGUGUCAAACAAUGCGGCUGAGGUUGGUGGCAAUGAGGUUGAUGCUAAUGCCAUGCAAAUGGAUGAUCAUGACGUCCCAACACACGAUGAAGAAUGUGGCCCAACGGCCGUUGUAGAUGAUGCAAACAAUGUGAAGGAGUCUGAUGUCACUACACCUUCGGUUGAGAUCAUCUCAACCAUCCUCAAUGAACUGGCUGAUGUUGUGGAUAAUUCAAAGGAUGAGAGGGAGUUUGAUCCUACUACAGCUUCCAAUCCGAUCAUCUCACCGGCUCUUCUUGAUGUAAGUUAAAAUGUCGGUCUCAUUGUAUUGAAUUGUCUGUCUACAAACAUCUUCACAAUCUCAAUCAUUUGACUGUUUUAUAAGGUGGCUGCUGCUGAGCUCACUAAUCCUGCCCCUUGUGAUGAAACAUGCCCCUUGAAAAGGCCAAGAUACCCUUCGAAGUAUAGGGUCAGCCCUUAUACCGAACCAAGAGCUUCAAAGCGGGCAAAACACAUUAUUGAACCCAGUCUUGAAAUCCACCCAAUCUUCAUUGCUGAAACCCAGUCUUGAAAUCCACCAAAUCCUGCCCCUUGUGAUGAAACAUGCCCCUUGAAAAGGCCAAGAUACCCUUGGUAAGAUAUGUUGUGUCAAAUGUAAUGACAUCCCCAAAAUCUUUGUAAGCAUAUCGACAUCGAUUAUCCGCCCAAAAAACAUUGCGUAAGCGUGACUCUUCAUCCAAAUCAAGCAUAAAGAAGAACCCGGGGCAUUGAGCUUGCAUUCUACAAAAAAAAUCCUGUAAUGCCACCACAUCACCACUUCCCAACCUAAGUUUACGCACUUUAUCUAUAUAGUUCCUACAAUCCUUUUCAAUGAAGGAAAGUUGAUCAUAUCCGCCGACUUCAACAACCACAGAGUUGAAACUCUUAUGAAGUGGUAUACCGGCGACAUCAUUGAUUGCAAUUUGCCUCAUAACUUUCCGUGUCAACCUCCUAUUACACCGAAAUAGUCUAGACUUCGUAGGACUCAUAGGAUGGUUAUGAUCUAAACAAGCCGUUGAAAUCACCCAACCCCGGCAUAAUUUAUACGCGCUCUUAUUUUGGCCAAGCAACCAACUUGCAUCGAAGGUAGAGGCUUCAAAACAUUUUGUGCACGGCUUUGCCUUUUUCCAGCGCGCCCACACUCUAAUGCAAUUGCAGAUGUCGUUCCAUCCCCAUCUUUCCUAGAAUUCCUUAUUCUAACAGGAAACCCUACUCUUCUCCCGUACUCCUUGUAGAAAUCAUACACUGCAUCUUUACUGGGGAACUCCAUACCAACAACGGGGACUUCAAUACAAAUCUGUUCUUCCUCUUCAUCUGUUAUUUCAGAAAAAUAUACAUGUUCACUACAUUUAUCAUUUUGUCUCGCCAAACCAUGUUUAAAAAAACACCUUUAUAUAACACUCUAACAACUAUAAAACCACGUUCACUUCAAACAACUAUGAGACCGCGUUUACGUUAGGCUUGCCAGACACUGCACUGACAAAUUGUCUGUCCGCCAGACAAAAUACAAAAAUGACGGAAAAUAAACUUACUCUUGUCCAAGACUUCCACAUCUUCAUCAUCUUCUUCCCUUGAAGUCGCUUCUACUUCAACAGCCUUCGGAGAUGGUGGAUUACCACCGUCACCCACCUCAACAAGCUUCUCACCUUCAUCUCCCCAUGUCAACCCAUCCAAACAAAACUCAUCACUAAAGUCGGAUAAAUGCUUCCCCAUCACAUCCAUCCAAGAAGAUGAUGUAAAGACGCAGGUAAGACCCUCCGUCGAGCACUGUAGCAGUUCGUCGAAAGUUGGGGUGUGUUUUGGCGGAAACAAUAAGAGUGGGUGGAGGGUUUGGGAGAUGUGAGAGAAAGUUAUUUUUAGAAAGGGGGUAAAAGGGAUGGUAAAAACAGGGGUAUUUAUAUGGGGUAGGAAUUGGGGUAAGUUUGGGGUACCUAUAGCAUUUUUGUAAAUACAUACGGCUGAAUUUUAUUAGCACCGUCCCAACGGGAAGAAAUGGUUGCCUUCUCUGGCGAAGGUGUGUGACCCUUUCCAUUGUAUCUUAGAUAUGUGCAUCGUUAAAUGUUAACAAGCACAAAUGUCUAUUUUUGCGUCAAGGUGUGUGAACCUUUUCCGGCGAAGCAUGUUAGUAUAUAUAUACAAAAGAGUAAAAUAUCACGUUCGACCCUCUGUGUUGGACUGACUGCCGGAGCCAGGCAAAGGGGGGUGGGGGCUUCCAGAGGAUUUGUUUUACUUCACCGGGGAUUCGCCGGUCGGUCGACAUCAGAUCCCUCCUCUAAUGCCGAUAAAGGCAAGAGAUGUUUCUUGGUGGUUGGUUGUGGUUUGUUGGGACGCAUGGAAGCCUUGCUUUGAUUUUGGGGAUAUUCUACUACCGGAGCUUCGCCGGAGGGGACGAUUGUAGCUUUCAGUGGUGACCUGACAUCGUUGACUGCAUCGCUGUCUAAUCCGUCUGAUAUGUUGGACUGCUGCUUACGCUUUGACACGGAACACAGAAAACCCUAAUGGGCUCUUGGACGUUGGGCUUGCCUGAGGACAACUUUGGAGUACGCUGGAGACUUGGGGAAAUUUUCACAAAUCGACAAAAAAUGAAUGUAAUAUCAAUUUUGUGCCCUUAAAACUUUCUUUCAAAUAUAGAUUACUUCAAUGUUUCUUUUCAAAAAUGGACCAUUGGCAUGAAGGCCAUAGUCUAAAAUUUCUUUCACUUGACAUGUACACCAGUGCAUGUAAAUUUGAAUCACUGCUCCACUUCUCAAAAACUAAUACAAACAGUACAUAUAACGUGCAUGCACUCAACUUUUUAUUUUUCAACUGAAAAUGUAAAAAUUCAUUAACUCAUAUUUUUGAUAAUGUUUAGAAAACAAUAAAAUUAGAAAAAGGAAAUUGAAUCUUAAAAACAUAAAAAACUCAAAAUAAAAAAUAAAAAUAAAAGAAAUGCAAAAUUGGAAAAUUGUAAAUUAAAUUUAAAUAAUAAAGAAAAUGAAUUUAAAUUUUACAAAAAAGUUAGAAAAAUAAAAAACAUGUAAAAAACUAAAAAAAAGUUGAGAAAUAUAUUUUAAUGUAGUGUUUUUAAAUAGAUAAUAUAAUUUAUUUUAUAAAAUAUAAAAAUAAAAUUUUUUAUAAAAAAGUGUAAAAUAGUUAAAAAAAAUAUCGACAACUAUAAAUUACUAAAAAUACGUAAUAUCAGAUAAAAAUGUUUGAAAAUAUUAAUUAAUAUGAUAAAUAAUCAGAAUCUUUUAUGAAAAAGUAGUGAUUUUAUAAAACUGGAAAAUAUACAUAUCAAAGAAAAUAGACAUUCAAAUAAAUAUAAAAUUUUGAAAUCAUUCGAAAAGUUAAAUUAAAUUUAUAUUAAAGUGAGAAAAAUAAAAAUGGAUAAAAUAAAUUUUAAAAAAUUAGAAAAUAAUGUAACCUAAAAAACUUUAAAAUUAAAAUAAACUCAGAGAAUAAAAAUAUGAAAAAUUAAAAUAAUGAACUUUGAAAAAUUGAAAAAUAAAAAAUAUGAAUUUUAUAAUGUAAUAUUUCUUACAACAAUUAAACUAUUGAAUUAUUACUAUUUUAUUACAUGUUUUUAUUGCUUAUUGUUUUUGUGUUUUCUUUUGUUUAUAAUUAUGAAAUUUUUGUUUUUUAUUGUUUCUUUAUGUUUCAAGUUGUUGUUUACUUUCAUGGAUCUAAAUUUUUCAUUUUAGGUUUUUGUUUUUAAAUCCACAUAGAUAUUUUGAUUUUAAGAAAGUCACCAAGGUAAUAGAAACCUAAAUAAAAACAAAAAUCUACGUCAAUAAAAAAUGAUCAAUAACAUAAUACAACAAUAAUCAACACUAUGCAACAAAAAGUAACAUGUUACAGCAAAAAGAAACAUGGUGCAACAAAAAGUAAUACACAUGAUAUAACAAUAAGAAACAAAACCAAUGAGAAACUUUCUUCUGCCAAAGUUUAUAAUUUGCUUCGGAUUAAGGGGGAAACUCACGCCUGGAUGUCUUUCAUUUGGAAGAGUUAUAUCCCUCCCAAAUUCUCUUUUACGGUUUGGUUAGCCUUCCGUAACCGGUUGGCUACUUUUGAUAAUUUGCAUAGGCUUGAUGUUGUUAACAUUUACACCUUUUGUAAGGGUGGUCCCGAAUCUGUACCACACCUCUUUUUUGCUUGUUUUUUUGCAGGUAAUGUUUGGAAAAAGGUGAAGACCUGGCUGGAGCUACCUAAGGAGAUGGGGACCUUGCAUAGCUCGUUGAAAUGGAUCAAGAAAGAGAGGCAGGGCUCCGGAAUCAGAGCUAAAGCUGCUAGGAUCGCCUUCUGCUAUUCUGUCUACUGGAUUUGGAGGACUCGUAAUGCUACUUGCUUUGAUGGCUUGACUCCAAGAGAAGAAGAUGUUUUUGCUAAAGUCCAAUAUAUCACCUACAAAAUUUUGUAUAGCCUUUAUCCGUUUGAGCUUGUUAGCUUGUAAGCUCUUGUUUUUUGCGUGACCUUCACCUCCUUUUUGGUGAAGGGUCUUUGUUUGCGGUUUUUGGGCUGCUCGCUUUCCUAGAUGGGUGGGGAGUUGCUUUGGCAGGUGGUUUUUUUUGCUGGUUUUGGGUUGUCCUCUAUUGGACAACUUGCAUUUUUGUUUUCUUGUUUUUGUACAUUUUUGAACCCCCCUUUUCUUGGGCGUUUCUUUCUUAAUAUACUUACAGUUCACCCAAAAAAAAGAAACAAAACCAACAUACAAUGUCACAAUAAGUAUACAAUUCAAC